AGAAACAGAGUCACACGACAACACAAAUAUAUCCAUGGCUAUAUUCGCCAAGUGUCUUAGCAGGACAGAUGUUAGGAAGAGACUGUCUGUACCCAGCAAGUCUCAAGUAUUUCCCGUUGUCCGGCGAACAUCAUGCGGUUGACUUCAAGGUCAAAGACGAGAACGGUCGGGUCUGGACAUUCCGGUGCUAUACUCGCAAGAAAAAGCACCUGAAGCCGGUUCUUACCAAGGGAUGGCGUGAGUUUGUUUGCACCCAAAAGCUUGAAAUUGGGGACAAAGUGGAGUUUUGCCGGGACGGUGAAGAAGGAAGCGGCACCGGGUACCGUAUUAAAGUGAAGAAAGUUGUUAGAGUAUUUGGUGCUGCUUUUGGGCACGUGACAAUUGGUCUCCCUGAUUAGGUCUAUGGAUUUUUUUCACAAUCUUGUAAAAAGUUGUAGUAGUAUGUUUUUUCGGAAUAAAAUUGUUAAGGUUUU